AGCUUACCUUCAGACAUAACUCAUGGAAAGGAGGCAAAGCUGAGUAUAGAGAAUUCAGAAAAGGAACAAUCUCAGAAAACAGACUAUUCACUCAUUUGAAAUCAUUAUUACAAUAUUCUUGGGACCGACCUUAUUCCUACUAAAUCAUCUCUCCAGUCAGAUUCUGACUAGGAAGUUCUGAUGGUUAAGCUUUUCAUGGGGCUCGUGAAUACGAUGUUUUACUCUAAAUUUAUAGAAACUCUCGGACCAUAUACUUUCUUUAAUACAGAAAUCUUUUACUUCAUCAGAGUCCCUAAAAACAAGGGAGUUAAUGAAUUUAUAAAACAUUCGUUUCCUAAAAGAGUAGACAAAUUCAAAUUUUCUAUUUGGGGUAAAUGAAAAACUACAACUCUUUAUUAUUUCGAUCAAAUAAUCAGAGUAGGUCCGAAAGUUUUGAAGCAAGUAAAUUUCAGUAAUUUUAUUCUCAAUAUCCCCAAACUGAAGAGAUUAUCAGUUGCAUAUAAGCAUGUGGAGAUACUUUGACUUGAUAAUAAUAUGCUCUAUCUGCCUUAUCCUCCUUACCUUAAUUGAUGACUCAAAAACUCAAGAAUCGAAGAUUUUACACUAAGUUGCAUGUGGGUUGAUGACGGGAUAGAUUAGUGAGAUCAUCCUAAAGAGUUUGUCAAAUUAAUUCAAGGACUCGCAACUUCAUCAGAUUUCAGAACCAAUACCAAAAAAAUAUCUCUUUUCUAUUGUGGAGUUACUCAAGAAGCUGCCCAAGAAAUCCUCUCUGCAUGCAAUUUCACCUAGACCAGACUUGAAUAUACCUGUGACUUAACUUAGUUGCUCUAAAUCUUUACCUUCCU